AUGUUUAGUGCAACGGCGACUCUUGAUCGCCUCAAGAAUCGGGACAACGGCUUGAUCACCAUAUAUCACCAGAUAUGGGCUGUUCGAUUGCUUAAUGAGCGCCUCAAUCAGGAAAUUCCAAUUCUGGACUACGGUAGCGACAUUAGACCGGGCUACAGCGGUAGCUCACCAGAAGGGCCUCGUCAAGAUGCUACUCUCAAUAUCGAAGCCACUGAGAGAUGGAAUAGGACCGCUACUCGGCCUCAUCAAACUGUGGGAAACGUUCGCGCAAACACAUUUAUCAUCACAUUGUCUAAUUUCUAA